UUUCCUCGUGCUGCGUUUGGGUUCUCCGGGUCGCUUCUGAGCUCGGGGAGAUGCAGAGGAGGAUGGGGACGAAGCCGCAGCUGAGCUGGGAGGAAUCAGUGACAUUUGAGGAUGUGGCUGUGGACUUCACCCAGGAGGAGUGGGAUCACCUGGACCCUCUUCAAAAGGAGCUCUACAGAGAUGUGAUGCAGGAGAACUAUAAGAACCUGGUCUGCUUAGGACUUGCAGUUUCCAAGCCAGAUGUGAUUUGCCAUCUGGAGCAAGGGGGAGUACCAUGGAGGGCAGAGGGAGAAGUUCUAAGAUGGAGCUGCCCAGUUUUGGACACCAAGCCUGAAGCCAAGGGAUCACCUCUAAAUCUGCUUGUUUCUGUGGAACAGUUAGCCCAAGAAAGACUCACAAAGCGUGAUCUCGGUGCCUCCAAGACAACUCGUACUGGAAAGAAAUCCCAUAAAUGUAACGAAUGUGGGAAGGCCUUCUGUAACAAGUCAGCACUUUCUCGACAUCAUCUUAGUCAUACUGGAGAAAAACCUUAUGAAUGCACUGAAUGUGGGAAGGCCUUCUCCCGGAAGGCGGGGCUUGCUCAACAUCAUCGUCUUCAUACUGGAGAGAAACCAUAUCAUUGUCUGGAAUGUGGGAAGGCCUUCUCUUGGAAUGGAGAACUUACUCAGCAUCAGCGUAUUCAUACUGGAGAGAAACCUUAUGAAUGUAAGGAGUGUGGGAAGGCCUUCCGACAGAGCACACAGCUUACUCAACACCAGCGUGUUCAUACUGGAGAAAAACCCUAUCGAUGUAAUGAAUGUGGGAAGGCCUUCCGUCUGAGCACACAACUUACUAGACAUCAUACAGUUCAUACUGGAGAGAAACCUUAUGAAUGCAGUGAAUGUGGAAAGGCUUUCCGCCAGGGCACACAACUUACUCAGCAUCAUCGUAUUCAUACUGGAGAAAAACCUUAUGAAUGUAAUGAAUGUGGGAAGGCCUUCCACCUGAGCACAUUGCUUAUUCAACAUCAGAAAAUUCAUACUGGAGAGAAACCUUAUAAGUGCAAUGAGUGUGGAAAGGCCUUCCUCCAGAGCAUGCAGCUUACUAGACACCAGAAAAGUCAUACUAGAGAGAGAUCUUAUGAAUGUAGAGAAUGUGGGAAGGCCUUCUCCCAGAGGGCAGAACUUACUCUACAUAAACGUAUUGUUCAUACAGGAAAGAAAUCUUAUGAAUGUAAUGAAUGUGGGAAGGCCUUUCGCUUGAGCACACUGCUUAUUCAACAUCUCUAUGUUCAUAGUGGUGAGAAACCUUAUGAAUGUAAUAAAUGUAGGAAAGCCUUCCACCGAAGGACACUACUUAUUCAACAUCAACGUAUUCAUGCUGGAGAGAAACUUUAUGAAUGUAUUGAAUGUGGAAAGGCAUUCACUUGGAGUGGAGAACUUACUCAGCAUCAGCGUAUUCACACUGGCGAGAAACCUUAUAAAUGUAAUGAAUGUGGGAAGACCUUCCGACAGAGUACUCAACUUACUCAACAUCAGCGUAUUCAUACUGGAGAGAAACCUUAUGGAUGUAAUGAAUGUGGGAAGGCUUUCUACCUGAGCACACAGCUUACUCGACAUCAUACAGUUCAUACUGGAGAAAAACCUUAUGAAUGUAAUGAAUGUGGAAAGGCCUUCCGCCAGUGCACACAACUUACUCAACAUCAGCGUAUUCAUACUGGCGAGAAACCCUAUGAAUGUAAUAUUUGUAGAAAGGCCUUCCGCCUGAGCACAAUGCUUACUCAACAUCAGAGAAUUCAUACUGGAGAGAAACCUUAUGAAUGCAUUACAUGUGGGAAAGCCUUCCGACAGAGCACACAACUUGCUAGACAUCAGAAAAUUCAUACCGGAGAGAGAUCAUACGAAUGUGGUGAAUGUGAGAAGGCCUUCUCACAGAAGGCAGAACUUGCCAUACAUAAACGUAUUCAUACUGGAGAGAAACCUUAUGAAUGUAAUGACUGUGGAAAAGCUUUCCGCCUGAGCACACUGUUGACUCGACAUCAGCGCAUUCACACUGGAGAAAAACCUUAUGAAUGCAAUGAGUGUGGGAAGGCCUUCCGCCUGAGUACACAGCUUAUUAGACAUAAGAGAAUUCAUACUGGAGAAAAACCGUAUGAAUGUAAUGAAUGUGGAAAGGCCUUCCGCCUGAGGGUACUGCUUAUUCAACAUCAGAAUAUUCAUACUGGCAAAAAACCUUAUGAAUGUAAUGAAUGUGGGAAGGCCUUCCGACAGAGAACACUGCUUACUCGACAUCAGAGAAUUCAUACUGGGGAGAAACCUUAUAAAUGCAGUGAAUGUGGGAAGACCUUCAGCCAGAGUGCACAUCUUACCCAACAUCAGACAAUUCAUACUGGGGAGAAACCUUAUGAAUGUAAUGAAUGUGGGAAGACUUUUCGUCUGAGUGCAUUGCUUAUUCAGCAUCAGCAUGUUCAUACUGGAGAGAAAUCUUAUAAAUGCAAUGAGUGUGGAAAGGCAUUUCACAAGAGCAUGCAACUUAGUAGACAUCAGUGCCCAAGAGAAAACUUAUGAAUAUAAUGAUUGUGGGAAGCCCUUCACCAGUAGGUCAUCUCCUCUAACCACAUGAUUCAUACUAAAGGUAAACUUUAUUAAUAUAACAGGUAGAAAAGUCCUCCAUUUGAGCAUAUUGCUUCUUUAACAUAAUAGAAGGUAAAUCAUGUGAAUGCAGCAAUAUAUUCUGUUGGAACAUACCCCUCUGUAUCCUUUCUGACCUCUUAAAGGAGUAGGCUUCUCAAAUGAGUGAAACUAAUAUGUCUUUUCAUCUCUGUCCCCACCCUUCAGGCAGGGAGAUUAUUGUUUUAUUGGAGAAGAAAUUCUUCUCAUAUCGAGUUAUAUCAGUGUGACCUUGAACCUCCUAAGAGUAUCCUUAAGUGUGAUACGUAUAUGUAU